UGGCAGACCUCCAGAGAACACGGCGCCCGUCAUGCGGGCGGAGCUCGGGCGGGUGCAGCCCAUUGCGGGGCGCGGGGAGAAGGCCCCGCACCGCCUUUCCUGGGGCGGGGCCACGAGGCUCCUCAAGACAGUGAUGUCUGACAAGCAGGUCGUUGGGAUGGUGGGCGAAUGCAUCGGCGCCCACUUCCCCAAGAAGGCUACCCCCACGGACAAGACGAAGAGGAUUCAGAUGGCGCUGAGAAUCUUGAAUGCCAGUGGUGUCUGA